UUAAAACCUUUUACUUUCUUUUAAAUGUAGAGUAACUUUGAAAUGCUCUUUUUGGCAUUCAUGCCCCCAUCUGUAAAUACUGCUGAAUAGGACAGUGGUUGAGAAAUCUGCUUCUUUCAGUAAUAUCCUUGUCAAACAUAUUUCGAGGGUUCUCGAUCUGAUUCUUAAAGCUUGUAAGUUUUCUUUCUAGGUUCACAUGGGACAACUUUUAGAAAAAACAUCUAGUCUUUAGAACACAAAAUGAGUGAUAAGGACAAAUAAUCCACAAAAGAAGCCACACUUUGAUGUUGAAGUUAGAAGUAAAAUAUUCUACCUCCCUACUUGCCGACAAACCUUCUUCCAGUCAGAACAAUAAUAAAAACGAAAUAAUUAUACCAAACACCCUUUUAAUUUGAAAUGGUUCGGGGUAGUAGAGUCAUGUGUAGACAUAAGAGGAUUAGUAUAAGUUGUAGCUCUUGCUUCUGAAAUAAUUUAAAGUAUAACUUAACAUAAAAUAGAAAUUUCUAGUCUAUUAAACAAUAUGGGCUGAACAUUUUUUCCAAGUGUUACUUGAUCCUAGAAUCUGAAAUGUCGAUUGAUAAUAAUCCAGUCUGAUUUUUCACUCUGACAGAGGUCGUACCAGUUCAUCUCUAACAGAUUGUCUGUCCUCAUAAUGGCCAUCAAACAUAUCUAUAUUAGGUUCUUCACAAAAAUCACUUAUUGUAUUGUCAUUGAAAAUGCAAACAUUAUGUAAGAUACACGCAACGGCAAUGUAAUCAACUAACAGCACUAUAUCACAUACAUAAAACAUAAAGUCCACUAAUUCAACAUCAUUUCUGAUACGAUCGAGGGAUACUGUCUUGUCUGAUCAGCAGUUUAUUUUGGAAAAUUAAGUUAUUAUGUGUCAAAAGUAGCAACCAUUCUUUAUUAUUGUUACAGCUUAGAAGCUUUUGAACUGUUAGCAUAUAGGUAACGUUCUCCAUCAUUUUCAGUUACUCGAUAAAGCGUUCGGACUACAAUUGUUACUCGUGUCACUCAGGUGAACUCGGGUGAUCUGGUCAGAGUUACACGGGCAUGUAUGCCGAAUGCGCCCUAUGAGAUUUUUAGUUUUUAUGAUAUAGGGUUAGUUUAUAUAUUUAGCGAGAUUAAUAAAUAUGAGGAAAACUUUUAAGGUUUAAGUCAAUGAAAAAAAAAAUACUGAAAGAUUUGCAUAUUUCAAAUAGUAACUCUGUAUACCUAAAAUAUGGGAAAAUGUGUUUUCUUGUUCCUUGAAUAAAAGGGAAAUGUGAAAAAUGACACAAAAUUUGCUUGAAUGUGACUGACCACCUUCCAGGAGUUACACUGACUUUUAAUUUCCCUACCAGUCUUCCAAACAUAGCAUUAUUCUCUCAGUUUUUUUACUUAUAUACAAUUUCAUUUUACCUGACUACAAUGCUGGAAGCAUAAUAUUGUCUAAAUAAGCAUAGCAUAUAUCAAAGGAAAUAUCCCGCCCGACUCAACCUAAUAGAAUAUGAAAUAGUUGUCUGUCUUAAAGCUUUAAUUUUGCACUCGCUUUAUCACAUACCUAUGUCCUUAAUGUCCCCACAAUACAGCCUACACAGUUAUCUAGCGUACACAUUUAUGAUCGAAACGUAAACAUUUAUGUGUAGUUCACUGUAGAGGUACAUAUCAUGUCAUUUGACUUGAAAAGUUAUAUUCAGUUAUACAACCCGCAUCAGGAAACUGUCGAUUUCCUGAAGGCUAGGGCUUCUCGUGAUGCUAAGCCAAGCUUUGAGGAUGGGGUUACAGCUGUAAGAGAGGCAGCAAUAAAGACUUCUAAAGACUUUGGAGGGAAUGUCGACUUCUCAGGGAUAGAAAAGGAGAUUUUAAUUCCGCCUUCUACAACUACAGAUACACUCCCUAUCACUUCCUACAAACCGGAUACAAGCGAGAGGUCUUCUGCACUACCAAUUGUUGUUUACUUCCACGGAGGCGGAAAUGUCACUAAAAGCAGAAAAACGAACGAGAACGUUUGCAGAAUUCUAGCCAAUGAUGUCCCUUGUAUUGUUGUAAAUGUUGAAUACAGACUAGCUCCCGAACACAAAUUUCCUAAGAACAACGAAGAUGCUAAACGCGCUGUUGAAUGGGUUGCCAAAAACCAAGAAGUUGUAGGAGGGACAUCAGACAGUAAACUCGGUGUAGUGGGAGACAGUGCUGGUGGUCGUCUGGCAGCGGUCGUCUGUCAUGAAGCUUAUACACUAAUAGACUUUGCUAUUCUUGUAUAUCCCAAAGUUGAUUACACCAAAACUUACAAAUCAACAGAAGAAUUUAGAUUUGGACCUUUGCUCCCAAAGAAGCGUUCUGACUGGUAUGCACAUCAGUACAUUAAAGAAGACGACAGAUGUUUGCCGAGGGCUUCAGUGAUACUUAACAAAGACUUCUCAUACCUUCCGCCAACACUGAUUAUAGUUGCCGAACAUGAUCAGUUACGUGACGGUUGCUAUGAAUACUACGAAAAACUAAAGGCGUCUGGUGUAACAGCGCAGAUUGAGUUGAUUAAAGGUGUACCACAUUCGUUCUGGAGUUUGCCAGAUAACCUAUGCCAGAAUUCCUCAAAUAGUGCCUCCUCACAUGAAAUCAUACUUUGUAGUAAAGGCAUUCAAAUCAAAAUGUGAUGUCACCAUUUUCAAGUAACGAAGUUGGGCUGUUGCUUUUCAUAAUG